AUGGAGGGCGACUACACCGAUGAACCUUUGGUCAGUUGUGGAAGACCGUUCCGACAUCGCAAGGAUGAAAUCGAUUUAGGUGAUCUUGGGCUGUGGUCUGUUUCCAGCGCGAAGCCAGGUUUUGGAGUUGAAAAUUUGAGGGAUGACUCUGUGCAUACACUUUGGCAGUCAGAAGGGCCACAACCUCAUUUUAUUCGUAUAGAGUUUCCCAGAAAGACGAUUGUGACGCAAAUAUCGAUCUUUGUAGAUGUCACAUUGGAUGAUUCAUAUACUCCCUGCAAGCUGUCCAUUUCUUUGGGGACAUUUAAGCAGGACCUUCAAGUAGUCAAAAUCAUUGAGCUCAUAAACCCCCGCGGAUGGCACCAUAUCCGACUUGUGGAUCGAGAAGAAGAAGAACCGGGCGAUGAUGACGAUAGCGAUGAUUCGGACUCAGGUUUUGCAGCGAAAGGUCAUCUAUUUCAAGUUGCGAUCUUGGCUAACCACCUGAACGGGAAAGAUACACACAUCCGGUGCCUUAAGAUAUUGGGACCUCGCUCACAAAGCAGGCCACGCUGGGAUGGAUUUGGGCCCGACCGUCAUGAACUGUUACUAAUGCAUGAAACCAUUAGAUGA